AUUCACUGACAUUCAAUUCACACACGUGUAACUGGGUAGAGCUCUACUAGCUUCCAAUAUUUUUACAUUUUUUCAUUCUUGCUAGCACCUUUGUAUUGAAGCCAGCUUUUUAUUUUUGUUAUUUUAUUCCAAAUUUUUACGGUCUUUUCCAAAUUAUCGUAUUUCGAUUCAAAGUAAUAAAACGCGAAAUGGCAUCCGAUCUAAAUGAAAUGAUACCUGAUAACUGUGAGGAGGAGCUGCAGGCAUGCCCGCACUGCAAUCGCACAUUCAAUCCGAGUGUCCUGACCAAACACGCGGACAUCUGUGCUCGCGUUUUGAAGAAACGUGAAGUAUUUGAUUCUUCGCUUCAACGUCGCGAAAAAUUCAGAUACUACAACAUGAGCCUCAGGUCGACUCGCGAGCCUCAGCCCAGCACGUCACAUUCAACUUAUACAGUGACCAAUAGGAACUCGGCCGUUCCCACUGCGGAUUCAGCUCCUCAACAGGAUUUGGCUGCGGCCGUACCAUCUCGAUCGGAUACGACUAAUAAAACCAAGCGCAAAUCAGAGCCAAGCUCAUCUGCAAGCCAAGAGUCCUCAACGAGCAGGCGCCUCGACGCCCUUCCACUGGAGCGCUGUCCAUACUGUGAACGCAAAUUCAACCAGAAAGCCAUAGACAGCCAUCUUGCGUUCUGCAAGGAGAAGAGUGCGAAAGCAGCCUUUACCGUCGCCUACGGGACCAGCAAAGAUGACAAACUAUCGGCGAAGAAGCGCAUGGAGGCACGCAUGAAGUACAAGCCUCCAAAGCCAAAGAGCAAGCAUUCAUCGCAUUAACAAAAUUUUCCUUGAACGAACCUUUGACCUUCGCAAACCUUCGAUAUGUAAUAUAUUUCAAAUUUUAAGCAAAAAAGACAAUUGGACCAACACGGAAGCACACGUACUUCCGAUUUUACACCAAACACGAAAAAUGAAGCACAGGCAACUCAAACAUAAAUCAGCACCAACAAACAAAAAAAAUAAAUAAAAAAACAAACAUGAUCAACUCACGUCUACAACCGAAGCUGUCGCAUAUCACAGAGAUGCAGAGUGAAUUUCCAUAGUUCCCUAGGAGAAUUAACAUAUCAUAUCAUCUGUAUGCUCUGCGAACAAUUCAAGUCCGAAAACCAACUGACAAGUUGGCGUCCGACGUUGACGGCAACGUUAUGAAAGAGUGAGAUUUUUAAUUAUUGUUUCCAUGUAGCGCUCUCUUCUCUUGUGUGUCGCAUGUCAGAGUCGCAGCAGUCCGAGCUCUUUUUAUACACACUUAUAUUUUUUAUAUAUUUUGUAACGUAACAAUCCUCAUACGCAAUGCUCAUACGCAUUUGAAGCCUGCAAGCCACAACAAAAAAAGAGGAAAGGAAAAAGCAAAAAAAAAAGAAAAAGAAUUUGAGUUACAAUCAAAAACCAAAAAAUAAGUUAAAAAAAAAAGAGCAAAAAUCAAAACUCAAGAACGCGAACAAAAAAUGAAGAAGCAAAAAAAGGAGUUUGAGUUGGCAUCAAGACCAAAACAAAAAAAAUUGAGUUAGAUUCCAAACCAAAAAGAAAAAAAAAAAACAUUUUUUUUUUAGCUCAAAUCAAAACCAAAAAAAAAAGGAGGAGCACAACCCAAAACUCAAGAAAACGAACUGCUGGCCAACUGAAAUUGAUUUCUAUCGUGACACAUGAGAGCGCUUCAUAAGGUGCUGCUAAAUAAAAACUUGCCUGUGUGUAUAAUUUUUCAUAAAA